UAAUGCUUCAGAACAUGGCGACCAGGCUGUAGUCUGCUCUUACUGUAGAUGGCUUCCUCUUCAGACCAUGACGGACUGCACAGCACAUCACUUGUCGUACUCGUACAGUGAAGAACACUGUGUGCCGGCACCUUUUUCAGUCCUAUGUUAUGGUAGGUCAUCGGCAUCUCGUGCCUGAUUAGACUACCUAGCCUGCAGCUUUCAUUUUGAAACGCUUCUCUUACCAUCCUGUUUGGUCUUUGGUGCGCCGAAAAUCAACGCUUGCGCUUGAAUAUACACUACUUUGGAUCCAGUAUUGCCAUUGCCAUCGAUAAUCGUCAACCUCGCGUCCGCCCCUCGCUAUGCUGUGGCCUCCAGCCUUCAUCAGCCUGGCACUGGCAUUGGCCGCGGCCACGGGCGUCGAGGCCUCCAACUUCAAGCAUAGCUGGGAGCACAUUGCUGAGGUGCACGAGCGCAUGGACGAGAAGGUCGAUCCGCGCAACUUCAUAGCUGCCCGCGACUUCAGCGACAAGCGCCAGCUUGACUCCAAGUUCUUGAACGAUAACACAUCUAAGUUCGCUGUUAAUGGCAGUAAGCUACCCGAUAUCGACUUUGACAUUGGAGAGUCGUACGCUGGGCUGCUGCCCAUCGGCCAAUCCAAUGACACCGAGCUGUUCUUCUGGUUCUUCCCUUCUACCGAUGGCUCUGUGACAGAGGAGAUUGUCAUCUGGUUUACUGGCGGUCCGGGAUGCUCAUCCAUGUCGGGUCUUUUCGCUGAAAACGGACCAGUGACCUGGAUAGCCGGCACCUUUGCCCCUGUUCUUAAUCCCUGGAGCUGGCACCGCCUGAGCAACGUCGUCUGGAUUGAGCAACCGGUGGGGGUAGGAUACACGACCGGCACCCCAAUCGCCAACAACGAAGACGAGGUAGCUCAACAGUUCAUGGGAUUUUGGAAAAACUUCGUCGACACCUUUGGCAUGCACAACUACUCAAUUUAUGUCACUGGUGAGAGCUAUGCCGGACUGUAUUGCCCGUACGUCUCGAGCAACAUGCUGGACGCUGCCGAUCCCGAAUACUUCAACGUCAGCGGCAUGUUGAUCUACGACGGUGUGUACAGUGAUGGUGGGCCCUCUGAACAGAUCCCUUUGGUGCCCUUCGUCGACUACUGGGGCGGUCUUUUCCCAUUCAAUGAUUCGUACCGGGAAAGUAUCCACGAGCGCCAUGAGAAGUGCGGGUACCAGGAUUACCUCGACAAGUACCUCGUCUACCCUGCGUCCGGCCAGCAGCCUUCCAUCCCGCCCGGCGUCUCAGAUAAUUACUCCAGUUACCUGGACGGAUGCAAUCUCUUCGACGACAUCUACUCAGCCAUCUUGACCAUCAACCCCUGCUUCAACAUCUACCAAGUCGCCGCCGGCUGCCCGCUUCCCUACGAUCCCCUCGGAUUUCCCGCCGGAAACGAGUACACACCUCCCGGUGCACCACCGGUCUACUUCAAUAGGUCCGAGGUCAAAGAGGCGCUGCACGUCCCCCUCGACAGCGACUGGGCAAUUUGCAAGGGCGGGAUCCUUAGACCCGACUACUCCCUCCCUUCACACGAGCACGCCAUUCCCAAUGUCGUGGACAAGACGCAAAAUGUGAUGCUGGUCCACGGUGCCCUAGAUAUGGUCCUGCUCGCCAACGGGACUCUCCUGGCCAUCCAGAACAUGACCUUUGGCGGCAAGCUCGGGUUCGAGGAGCAGCCCACCAAGCCGCUGUACGUCCCCGCGCACUACGACCAGAGCCCGAGCACCUGGGCCGGGUCUGGCAUCUUGGGGACGGCGCACACGGAGCGCGGGUUGACUUACGCUGCCGUGGCGCUGUCGGGUCAUAUGGUGCCGGAAUACCAGCCCAGUGUGGCGUAUCGACAGCUCGAGGUGCUGUUGGGGAGGGUGGAGAAUCUGCAAUCUGUGACGCCCUUUACCACGGAUACGAACUCGACGGAGCAGCCCACUUCUGCGCUUGGAUUGGGGACCGGACCGCAAUCAUUUGCUUCCGCAGCAGGCAAUGGAAGCAACUCAGGGUCCGGGUCCUGCAGUAGUGGAAGUGGAAGCCAGGGUGGGAACUCCACUGUUACCAACGCUGGGUCACAGAUGGGAGUCACGAGCUGGAUGCAGAUUGGGGUGCCUGCUUUGUUGGUGUAUGUCUUUCAGGAGCUACUUUAACGACGUAUUACAUCACUAUAGCAGUACAGGUAGAAGUUAUUACAGUAGAUGGCAACACACCGAACAUACUCGUUGCUUGACCAGGUUUUGAGCACCGUUGCUAGCAGGUGACUUACAAUGGAGCAAGGAAUCAAGGCGCGUCAAGUGGGCAUGUGUAACGAGCCCGCAGUUGAUUGUUAUUCAUCUGCCACAAAGAACCAUUACAUUAGGUCACAAUAAAAGUUCUCCAUAUCAUAAAAGAAAGUUCUGCGACUCGAUCAUU